ACAAAUCCAAUCUCUAAAAUGGAAGAAGCCAAAAGCCAAAGUUUGGAGGAAGACUUUGAAGGACAGGCCACACAUACAGGACCCAAAGGAGUAAUAAAUGAUUGGAGAAAGUUUAAAUUAGAGAGUGAAGAUAGUGAUUCCAUCCCACCCAGCAAAAAGGAGAUUCUCAGGCAAAUGUCUUCUCCUCAGAGUAGAGAUGACAAAGAGUCAAAUGAAAGAAUCAGCAGAAAGAUGAGCAUUCAAGAAUAUGAACUAAUCCAUCAAGACAAAGAGGAUGAAAACUGCCUUCGUAAAUACCGUAGACAGUGUAUGCAGGAUAUGCACCAGAAGUUGAGUUUUGGGCCUAGAUAUGGCUUUGUGUAUGAGCUGGAGACUGGAGAGCAAUUCCUGGAAACGAUUGAAAAGGAGCAGAAAAUCACCACCAUCGUUGUUCACAUUUAUGAAGAUGGUGUUAAGGGUUGUGAUGCUCUCAACAGUAGUUUAACGUGCCUUGCAGCAGAAUACCCUCUAGUCAAAUUCUGUAAAAUAAAAGCUUCUAAUACAGGUGCUGGGGACCGCUUUUCCUCAGAUGUACUCCCCACCCUGCUUGUCUACAAAGGUGGGGAACUCAUAAGCAAUUUUAUUAGUGUUACUGAACAGCUUGCUGAAGAAUUUUUUGCUGGGGAUGUGGAGUCAUUCCUAAAUGAAUAUGGGUUACUACCUGAAAGAGAGGUUCAUGCCCUAGAGCAGACAAACAUGGAAGAGGAAGAUAUGGAAUAAAGAGUCAAUAGGGCUCUAUUUCACACCUCUCCUUCAUCAUUGAACAUUGACUUUGGUAGCAGCCAUAUUCCUUUAGAGAAUACCAAGUAUGGCCAUGGCUGUUCUAAUUUUGAAAAAAAGAUUGAUGCUAAAAUUGUGUUAUUAGCAUUUCUUACUAUUAGCUAUUCAAAUUAACAUAAUGCUUUACUAUGAAAAAUUGUAGUCUUCAGCAACACUGUUAGUAGGCAAAGAGGAUAGGGAUAUGUUGUGAGAUUUUAAAAUUCCCUGUCAAGUUAUAUGUUGGUUUUUUACUCUUCUCCCCUCACCUCGGUGUUAUUAUUUGGGUUUUUCGAAUUACAUUAUUAAUUAUAAUUUGACUAAUAAAAUAAGAAUAAAAUCUCAUGAGGAAACAAAUUUUCUGUUUGAAG